AUGAUUGGUAGAGGCAAGCAAGUUGCACUCAAUGAGAAAGAUUAUGGUAUUGCCAUUAAGAGCCCUCACUGUAAUAAAAAUAUCACAAUAAAGGUGGGCGGAAAGACAGAGAAAGGGCUGCUUGUUGACAAGUGCAUUGCUUCCAUAGGCUGUAUUGGUAAUGCGGAUGCUGAACUUACUCCGGUUUUGUAUGACGCCGUUGCACCAGAUGGUACAAAUACGGAUCCUUCAAAGGGUAAAGUUCCGUUGUUACAAGGUUCUUGGGAAUUCGAUGAUUAG